CAGAUCAAGACCAUGGCAGUCCUCAGUUCCACACUGCUGCCACUGGGGCUGUUUCUGUGUCUUGUAAUGCUGUUUAUUUCUACCAGUUCUGCAAAUUUCAGUGACAGCUGCAUGCUCUUCAGUAAGAUCGUCCCCACCACUGCUCCAGGCAUCAAGGCUAUUCCAGAUGUCUAUCACAGCGACACAACUUACACAAUAUAUGUUCCUGUGAAUAACAAUGUCGACUCUGUAGUCAUGCGCGCAAUGGACAUGAACAACAAGUCAUUGGGCUUGUGGCACGACGCAGACCGGGAUUGCAACAGCAGCAGCCUGUAUCGCGCAAACUCACACAGCAACCUCCUCAUGGCCUACUGGGAAUCUCCUCAUUCCAUGAACAUAACUGCAGUCAACAUCCAAGCCUUCACUAUCAGUUUCGACAGAAUGGCUACAUUUUCUUCUCUAACACUGAAAAAACAAGCAAUAACCACAAAGCCACCCGUCAUGAUCUCCACAACCAGGCCACCCACAACCCAUGCCCUACCCACAGCCCGAAUCCGAAACGCAUCCUCGACCCUAACCACAACCAGCAGCGUGGCCAACGGGAUCUUCCUCAGCCCCAUCGCAGAUACCCUUCAGAUCCUGCUCGUCUUUCUCACCAGCAAACUCCUCUUCUAGAAGGAAGCUAGAGGAACAAUUGUUCCUGCCUCCACUGCAUCCUCCUACGUUCUAUUCCAAGCCAGUGCUCCAAUGUGUGUGAAUGAAGGUUUUAUGUUCCCAAACGUACAACUCCACUGACACUGCUUUGGAUCUAAAAGGAGACUUAGGUUGGGGGUAGCCAGUCCACUCAACCGGUCAACUUGGGGGCACACAGAUAUUCAAGUGGAUCUUUCAGGACACAAAUUAGGCUUUUUGUAAUUACUUAGAACUGUUCUGGGUGUAGCCUGGAAUUCUGGCUCUAGGGUUAACAUGUUGAUAGCCAGUUCUAUAGCCAAUCUAAACUUUUGUUCAUUGCCAAGCGAUUCCUCUGUGUCUGAGUCUCUGUGGGAAGAAUCUUUCCUCACUUUCAAAACGAUCUCAGAUUUCUGAUCAAACCCACUCAGGUUACACAGAGCUUCUAUGACUCAUGUAACUCAAUAGGGAAAGGAGAAAGGAGAAAAGCCUUCAUGCUAAUGGCAACACCAGUAGCAUUUGAAGCAAGAAAUUAGGAACAUACCAUGUCUGAGCAGUCAGAUAGGGAAAGAUUAUGGCAUAAAGGCAUUAUUUUCUAUGUUAUAUCAAAUAAACUAUAUUUCAA